AUGGUUCAGGACGCUUUCACAACCAGCCAGGAUGGUCAUCGCGAGAUGAAUGAGAAGAACGCAGCGCUUUUCUCAGCAUUGUGCCAUUCACACGCUUCAGUCAGCUCCGUUCUAUCCCAGCUUGCGCAGAGCCAACACGGCAAGGCCAUCAGGGAGCGUCUUCUCUCCAAGGUUAGUGAUACCACCGCUGCCAGGUAUCUGCGCUCAGUUCAACUUUUCUUUGUGGCAUAUGAGGAACUGGGUGGCCAGCUGGAGGAAAUCAAUACAGGCCUCUUUCUGGACGCUUUCUUUGCUUUGUCUCGCUCCUCUGAGGAUGGCCCGCUUUCCAAUUCACAGAAUGUCCUCAAGGCCUUACGAUGGUACAAGAAGCUGCUAGGCCUUGGCACCCUUCCUGAUUUAUAUGGCCCCGCCUUCAGCUUACUGUCAGCUUCUUCUGAACAGGAGAAGAAGGAGUCCAUCCCGCUCCCGCUGACCUUCGUGGCAUUUCUUGAGGGCAUACUACUCAAUGACAAAGCCCCACUUGAAGACCAGGUAUGGGCAGGCUGUUUCUUAACAGCCAUCAGCGCGAGUCUCCGCUUUGCAGAUUGUCAGCAUGUACGCUGGUCUUCGCUUUGUGUCAGCCAGUUCCUCUUGAGAGGUAUCUGCUUCAGAACUAAGACAACCCGGAGCGGCGCGCCUUGGGGCCUGGUUAGCUUUGGCCCCAUUUCCUGCUCUGACAAACCAGGCAUGACAUGGCUCCCGCGCUGGAUUGCGGCACUGGAUAGCAUCUGGUUCUCGCUCAAACGCCCCAACACCGUGGAGGGCAAUGCCCGCUUUCAGAGCCGCCACUUGAGUUAUCAGGAUGAUGCUGCUGACUUUCUGACAAGGGAGGCCAAAGAUGAAGACCUUCGGGAAGCUCGCUUGGCUUCAGAAGCAGAGCUUGGUGCGGAACCCAAGCUUCCCGCUUGCACUCAAUGGCGUGCGCAGGUCGACCCCUUUAUGGACUCUGAUGGCGACGAGCCGGGCACGCAGCAAAGCGCUUCAGCAACUUCGGUCCUUGCGGAGGCCGAACCCACAUGGCAGUCAGCGGCUGAGCCCAAGGAGGCACCCCAGCCUAAGGGCUGGCCAAAGGCCGCGGCGCCCCCUUCUCAGGAGUGCGGGUCCUUCCGCUUUCUAGUCAGCACCUCGGGG